GUCGAAUAGCGCCACGCCCCUGUGUUUACAAUCCAGGUUGAUUUGUCAUCGCAACUGUCAUUGAGUUUUUAGAUAAUUAUUGAACACUGUUUUAUAUGCAAGUUUUAAAACACGACAUUUUUCGACAUGGACUACGGGAAGAAAUCACCAACAAGGGGCACACCUUCAGUGUAUUCUCACACAACUUCAAGAAGCAAUGCUAAUCUACACAGGUCUUCUAGGAGUUUAAAAUCGUUGAAGAUACCUUGGUACCAAAAGCCCCUUGUACAAGAUGCCAUAUUUUUAGAUGUUCAACGUGCUUCCUUGAUUGCAGCUAUAUUUUCAUUGUUGCUGUCAAUUUUUACUAUAAUAACUGCUUGUUUUGAUCUAUAUUGUUAUGCUAUGGCUGCCCCAGGUUCAACACACUACGGAUACUAUGUUAUAUCUUUCCAGUUUGUAUAUGUAGGAAGUAGGCAUGUAAGAAACACUCUAGUGAUGUUCGCUGGUUUUUCCAUUUUACUUUCAAUGGCUGUUUUUGUUACUAGCAUUAUGUUGAUCAACGCCCUAAGAAAGGAAUACGAAAAAAGAAUGCAGCCAUGGAUAUAUACUUUUGCAGCCUUUACCAUAUUCCGAUUUCUUGCAUUCCUUUUCUUCUCUAUAGUAAAUGAUAUGAUUUUUGCUUAUAACAUUAUAAUGUGCCUUUUGUGGAUCAUAUUUCUUGUGUUAAGCGUAUAUGGAUGGGUUCUAGUAUAUUCAUUGUAUAUUGAGCUGUCUGAGUUGACCAGGUUAGAGGAUUUGGCUCAUCUAAGGAUGGGCACCAUGCAGUCCCUAAACACAUCGACAGCCCCGUCUCUGGCGGGCUCUCGCCCAACGACCCCACACAGUACAGUUUCGACGAUGCCUGUUUAGAAGAAAUACCUCUGGACACCACGCCCGCUUAUUGGCCGCAAAAGUCCAAACCGCCCGUCGUCUCUACGAUAUAUUGAAACUAUUAUCUCAUUUGUGUUGAUCAAAAAAUGUUUAAAAGUGGUGGCAAACUUAUUUUUUCGGCUUUAGUAAUCGAUGUAUCGGCAUUAGGGCACAAAAUGCCAAACAAUCGGGAGGUUAAGGUUCAGAAACUGUUUCCUAGUGGCAUUGUUUUUCUUUCUUUCUGCCCCUAAAAACGAUUAAAAUCGAGAGAGAAAAUUCCAAUUGUAGCAGCCAGUCUAAAAUGAGCUCUCAUUGGUCGUGACGUCAUAAAGUUAAAAAUGUUUAAGGUCUGCGCCAUUAAUUCAUUAAGUUUGAUAAUUUGUUUACUAGUUGUAGUCAUUUUAUGGUGUAUCUCGUUUUAUAAAUCUUUACAUAGUUGCCGUGAACUACAUAUUUUAUAAUAUUUUCGUGGUUUCGUUGAGACAAUUUUUUAAAAUGACCGAAUAGGGUUUUUUUAUAGGGCAGUCUGAUAACUUACCCAUUAUUAACAUAAAAAUUUAUUAUUAUGAUUAGUUUAUUUUAAUUUUAUAGUAAAAACAGUUAUAAAGAAAUAUUUUAUUGGUAAAUAUCAUUCAAUCUGUAAUGUAUAUCUACCAAAAUAUAGAUAGCUAAAGUUUUAUUUUCUUUUUGUUCAAAAUACACUUGAUUUAUUAAAAAAACUGCUAAUCAGACAACAGGUAUUAAAUACUUGUUUUAGAAUUAGCUUUACAUACAUGAAGACCUUGACAUUGAACUAAAAUGUCUUUAAUGUCCUUUCAGCAUGCAUGUAACCAUUUUAUUAAACUCCGUUUCUUAUUGACUGGUAAUCUAAUAAAUAUUUUAUUGAGGGUUUUAAUGGUUGUAUUUUUAAAUAAUGGUACUAAAGAACACUUAUAGUGUUUACUUUUAUUUUCCAUAGUAAACACACACAAUUCAAUACUAUCUCUUCAAAAAUUGUAUCAAACACCAAUGCAAACAAAAUGGUUUUAUACGAAACAGGAGAAAUGUCAUUACAGAAUAUAACUUGGUGACGUCACAUGUGUUCGCGCUCUUUUCGAUCGUUUGAAAUGAUUUAAAUACACAAACGAUUUUAAAUUUAUAUUGUGUAUAUAAGUUAUGAGUUUUUAAGACGUGAAAUUUUGAAAAUCUUAUUUUUAAACGAAACAACAUUAUUAUGUAAUAAAAAAAUGUGCAACUUCCCUAUUCGGCUAGAUAAUUUAAACCGAAAAUGGCGGCUUGGUUUAUGAUUUUCUCAAAUUUGAAGUAAUGUUGAAUGUAGUAGCCAAGUGGAAUAUGAACAAAAACAAAGGCCAUCAAAAAUAGGCCAAAAUAGGCCAUCAAAAAUGAUUAGUUUUAUAUAAAAAAAGAGUUAAAUUAUUUCCUUUUUCUGCAUUUAAAAAACUUGCUCACUAAGAAAGACGUCCAGUAUUCAACAAGAAAUGAUGGUACCAGAGAGAAAGAUAAAUUAAAAAAUAUGUUGAAAACUUGGGAAAUUUUUUCUAAACAAAACCCAAUUGGUAGAAAUCUGUGCUAUCAAUUCAGCACCACUGGCAUUGUCCCUUAUUAUAUUUAUUUCUAUAACAUGUUAGAGGUUUAGUCCCAAGUUAUAACUAAAUUCAACAAUUUUUUUAUUAUUCUUCGAAAUUUAUAAAAAAAAAUAAAUAGGAAAUAUGACAAGUAUGCAUACAUCUAAUAAAAAUGAGAUAAUAUUAACAAUAUAUCGUUGAGACUAAGGAAUAGUUUCAAAUUAGAGAAUAAGGUAAUAAGUUCUUGGCACAGCAGCGAAAAAAUCGGUUUUUAUUAAAGAAAAAUUCAUUUGUUUUUAAUAUAUCCUCACUUUACUUCAAUAUAGUACAUCUAUGAAUGUUUCUUUAAUAACCGAAUUAGAUUUCUGAGGUGUAAUUAUGAAAAACUGUUCAUAAUACCAAGCACCGGUGGUUGUUUCUCUUCAUUUGGACAAAAAUUUUUUCCAAGGCACAAGUUCUUUCAGAUUUAGGUAUAAAUAAAAGUCAAACAGACCCAAAUCAAGCGCUUACGAUGAAUUAUCUCAAAAUUAAUACUUCAAAACCUUUAAUUUUGGAAACUAGGAUUUUUUAUCUAGUUUUUUCAUUGUUUUGCCUUUUGACUGGUAAAUAACUAGAAGAAUAGCAGUGGAAUCUUAACUAUCUACUUGAUCAAUCUAUAAUCUAGAUCGAUCACCUGUGAUUAUUCAAGAUAUUUUCCUCAGUACGUGCUGUUUUAGUCGUCUUUAACGUUGACCAUCUUCAAUUUAUGUUGGAACAUUUAAACUCUGCUGACCACUUUCUUUUAUUACUGCUAAUGAAACUAUAGACCAACUUUGAGAGAACUUUCGGGCGCCCUGCAGUUCAUCAACACGAAUCUACCUUAUCGGUAGAGUCGACGAGAAGUGCACGGUAAAUUGAAGGUGUAAUUACAAAAAAAAAAAAUUAUGUAUGUCUUUGUACUCACUUUAUAAUGCUCAAAGAAUUACGGGAUCUGAAUUUUAAUGUACAUUUCUUUAUAAUUCUCGUAUCAAAGUUACUCGUGAAGUUAGGCGUAUUGAUGACAGUUGACCAACUGCAGGCGACCCAGAACUUUCGUGAGCUAUAAGGUUGUAAUUCCCUUUGUAUUGCCGCCAUCUAUGGGCUAUGCCGGGAACUUUUUACCUCGGAGAUCAUGAGUCAAACUCGUUAAUUUUUUAAAGCAGUAGGUACAAAAUUUAUUUACAUAAAACUAGCUGCUGUAUAUGAUAUUUUAUUAUUUUACUAUUAAUAUUGAUAUGCUUAGAUGUUAUUAAUGAGUUUGACAAGAACAUUUUGUAUAAACCUUUAUUCUGGUAGAUUCUCUGUUUUUGACAGAGUGAGUUCACCUUUUUAUAUAUUUUUUUACAAUCUGCUAUUAUUUUAAGGUAGUUUUAGUAUAUAUAAUGUACUGACUCGAAUGGUAAAGAACUGUUUGAUUUGUUACAACAAAUAAGUUUGUCUUAGAGAAACAUAAAACGUAUUUGUACAUUAUUCAGUAUUCUUUGAUGUAUUUAAAUAUCAGGAAGGAUUAUAUAGGGAGCAUUGUAAUUUAUACUACAAGAGCUGUACCACAAUCAGAACAAAAUUCAUGUAAAUCAACUCAUAAGAAAUUUUACUCUGAAUUACUUCGGAUUCCUUUUUCGUCUCUUUCAAGGCCAUAUGUUAAUAACUACGUAUCAAGUCAUCAUUAAAAAUCGAUCUCACAACUAUCUCGAUCCUAUGGCACCUUUACCUUAACUUUUCUGUUCAUUUUGGUCGUGAUAGGUAUUGAUAUUGGAUAUUGGCAAAAAUGAUUUCAGUGUAUUUGUAAGAAACAUCUCAUAGUACAUUCUUCCUUUCUCUGUAUUUUCAUUUAAAGAACGUUUUUUAAGACAUAAGACGUUUUUUAAGACAUAGAAAACAUCAAAUAGCAUAUAUGGACCUUUUGUCAGCUUUUUUUAGUAUCCAAUACUCUGGUAUAUAGAGGAAAAUAGAACAUAAAAUAAAGUAAGUUAUCAAUCGAAGUAGCACAGAAAACGACAAUAAAUAUCGUUCCCAUACCACCAGAUUGACAACAGGUUGAAUACUUUCUUUGGUUACAACCUCCCGAGAUUUUCAAAAAUUAUAAAUCAUACAGGUUGCUGAGGAAAUUAACAUGAGAGAAUUUUAAAUAAUUCACAACUCAUCUGCUCAGCGUGGUAAAAGUUCCAACAAGAAAGAUUCUUUAAUACUCCUACAAAAGAGUAAAUGAAUUAAAAAUGUAUAAACAUUUUCAAUUUCUUUGCAACACGAAAAUGCAGCAGCUCCAUAACACUCUGGUUAAAUCGGAGAGUGCAGGAAGAGUCUAUACCGGUUCCGGAGGUCUUUUCCCCCUCAUCAGUAGUCCCAUAUUCUCUCUCCGAUUUGUGUAUUAUUUAGCAGCCUUAUUCUACCACUUGCUGCUUAUUUGUCCACCACGUCACUGAACCAUAGUUUAUCAUUGGUCUCAUGUGGAUAACCAUAGGGGUAUUUUGCGGUUGAGCCCUCAAUUCUUACCGCACAUUCUUCUACAUCUGCCCAAGGACAUAAUAGCUUUCUGUGUGGUUUGCAUUAUGUAAGUAUUUCAUGUAAGCCUAGGAUCAAAAUAUACCACUAGCUAUUUUGUUUCUUUGUCAAAUGAUCUCUUCCUCCCAGCACCGGUGGUUUUAGUCCCAUCUUUUUUGUGAAGUUGACGAUUUUGGUUUUUUGAUCAUUGACUCUCAGUCUCUUUUGUCUACACCAGGUAUGCUUCUUCUCAGAGGCAUCUUUCAGUGCGUCACAAGUGACAGAAAAAAAGGUACGUCCGUGAUACAUACACGUUUAUAACAUUUAUUCCAGUUGUUCAUAGAUGGCGCUAUGAACAACUGGAAUAUGCUAUGUUCAACAAAUGACUUUAAUCACGGACGUACCUUUUUUCUGUCACUUCCAACUUAAUGCGUUAGAAAGAAAUUGAAAAACUGUGACGCACUGAAAGAUGCCUCUAAGAAGGACUAUAUCAACUAUAUUUAGCUUACUUUCUUCCAAAAACUACCUGAUCAAAUUUGUCCCUGACGUUGAUUACAAUAGCGUAUCGUCAGCGUAUCCUAGACAGUAAUACCCUUCUGCGAGCAAAUUUUUGAGAAAAUCAUCUACCAAGGGUGCUUAAAGAGGUGACAGAACUCCUCCUUGUGAACAGCCUCCACCUGCUCUUGCUUCGAUGGUUGCUUUACCCAGAGUGGAUAUUACUUUCCUAUUCUCCAGGGAUGUCUUUAUCCAUCUGCAUAUUACCGCAGGUGUGUCUCGUCUACUCAUUGCUUUAUCAAAGUUGGUAGUAACAUUAUUAAAUGCCCCUUCAAUAUCGAAAAAAGCUGGUAUAGGGCUUUUCAUCGAUUGUCAUUUGUUUCGAGCUUCUGUCAUGUGUCACCUAAUAUUAAUAUAUCUACGUCAUACGUCUUUGGUUUGUAUUAUUGUAUAUACCAAUAACGUAUGUCGUAGAUAUAUUAAUAUUAUGUGACAUAUGACAGAAGCUCGAAACAAAUGACUGUGAAUGAAAAGCCCUAUUCAACAGUUUUAUUCUACCAGUUAUGAUUUAUUGAAUGGAAACCGUGACACUUACAGAGUUGUCAGCCAAUAGAUUAAGGACAACACAGAAGGCCAUCGAACGAGCUAUGUUGGGAGUAACUCUUAGAGACCAUAUGCGAAACGACGACGUGCGAAGAAUUACGCAAAUGAAAUUGACCUGGGUAGAACACGUGGCACAGCAAAUCAACGACAGGUGGACGAGAAACAUUGUACAUUGGAGACCACGCUAACACAGUCGUAGUAGAGGAAGACCACAAAAACGAUGGCUAGAUGACAUCAAAGCCAAAGUGAGGAGAAACUGGCACCAAAUAUCAAAACAGAAGAGUGGAGAGCCAUUGGGAGGCCUUUGUCCAGGAGUGGAUACAAAUAGGCUGAAGAAGAGAAGAAGAAUCAGCUGAUUUGUUACAAAGCUAUCAAUGUAUGACCUUGGCCAUCAAAGAGGACUAAAAAUCUUAAUCAUUUCAAUAUUAUAUUUCCAUGGAAUUUGUUCCGAUAUUGGUAAUAUAUCAUCUUUAUCAUUUUCAUUUUAUUAAAGCAAAUUCUUUAGAGCAGCGGUGCUCAAACGGUCGAUCGCGAUCGACCGAUCGAUCGCCAAAGUUUUUGAAGUCGAUCGCCAUCCACGGAAAAAAAUACACAUGGGAAAGGUGGUCACUGCGCUAACUUGUGGAUAAUAUGAAGUGCCAUGCACUUCAUGAAGUGCAUUAACAUCCAUGGAAAAUUAAGAUGAAAAACAUCUUCAAUUACAACUCUCUGUAGUUACAACCUUUUAUCAAAUAGAAAUGUGAAAUAAAGUUUUUAAUUUUCAAAUUUUUUUACUAAUAGCAGUCGAUCGCUGGACGUUUGCAGUUUAUGUGGUAGAUCCCAUGCAGUGUAAGUCUGAGCACCACUGCUUUAGAGCGUCUACACAUUGUCAUGUAUUAAGUACAAAGUAUUAUUAUAUGUAUAGUAUAGCAACUAUGUACGCUUCAGCCCUACCAACGCAAGUGUACAGCACCAUAAAUCUGACGUCAUAGACGUCUUUAUUGUGGUACAGUGUUGCAAUUUUUUAGAUCUAUAUAUUAGGUGUCACAUCAUGAGUUUACUGAUUAAAUCUGACACUCUUAUUUUCACAUUAACACAUGCAUUCCAAUUUUUUUAUAUUUAUGUAUAUGUAGCUCUCUGUUAUGAAUUAGGUGUAACUGCACCUUAAAAAGAAUCUCAAAUACAUUCCAAGUGAAAAACACUUACAUAUUGAAAGUAAAGCUUCUUGACAAUCGUAUUGAAACAUGUAAUCGAUUUUGUUAUGUCGAAUGUAACUAAAAAGAUAAUAUUAGUUGAUGGAGGAUGCAGAAUCUAUUUUUGAUUACAUGCCUUAGCAGUGCCUACGCUGUUUUUUAUUUGACAAACGUAUUUUGUUAUUGGCGUUAUAUUUUAUAUUGAUAAAAAGUAUUUUUAUGUAACUGCAAUGCUUAACCGUCCAUUUUUAAAUGUUUUUAGUAUUGUUUUUAUUGUAUAAUAAAAGUUAUUUGAUAAA